AUAUAGACAGAAGCAUGACAUGAAGGGAACGAAACAUCAAAUCGUAAUCAAAAUUACUCAUACAAUUUUUCUAGCGAAUCGAGAACAUCGAUGCUCCCAGUGAAACAUCAUGACUGAAUACGAUAUCAUUGCAGACCAUUCCGAAGAGGAACUGACCAAAAUUCCAGAAGAUGUUCUCCGCAUGUUCAAUCUUAAGAUGCUCUAUCUGCAAGACAAUUCCAUUGAAUACCUACCAGAUGAUUUUUUCACCAUUUUGAGUAAAUUGAAUUGGCUCGAUCUGAGAAAGAACAAACUAAGGUGCAUUCCGAAAAGCAUUGCAAAUCAUGAAAAUCUGGAAAAUUUGCUGGUUUCCAACAACUACUUGGAGAAACUUCCAAAUGAAUUGGGUUUGGUUCCGAAAUUGAGAGUUUUACACGUCUCCAUGAAUCCCCUGAUAUAUCCAAGUAGGUCCGUAAUAAAUGAGGGAUCAGAAGCUAUCUGCGCAUAUCUGAAAGAGCGCUAUCUGCUCGAGAAUUCGAAGGAAGGAGAGGCCGACACGAUUUCCAGACCUGAUGCCGAUUGUUUGAACACCAGGAGGUCUUCAGAAACGUCUCUAUAUACCGACGCGAGCAACGAAACUGGUGAUAUUGAGGAGAGGUAUUCUAAGGCGUUGACCACGACGAAAUCGAAGAAGGUCAAGACGAAACGUAGAUUUCCUGAAAGGGCGCCGAUUAUAACAAUAACAAGUCUGUCUAGGCCAGUGGAUGAGUCGUCCAGUAUGUCAGACGUAGAGAUAGCCACGACGAUUCAAGCCUCACAAGAACUGCCAGACGAUAAGCAAAUAGUUCAUGAGAUUACCAAAGGACCCUCGCAGAUAAGCCUGAAGUCUUACUACAAGAAGGGACAUGUUAAGGAGAAAAAGGAAAAUAUUCCUCACAGCAUUUCUGACGCGCAACUGAAACAACAUUGGAUGGAGAAACUUCAGUUGAUACUGAACGAGCAAGAAAAGAUACUGCAACAGGAGAAAAAUUUGAUGAGCCUAAAAAAAUGGCGAGAGGAGAAGAAACAGGAGAGUCCACGAUAUGUCAGUCCUCAAGACUUGCCAAAACCGCCAUACGACGUUCAAGAAGAAUACAUGACGAUGGAUUCAAGGACGGAUCUUUUGAACCGAGAACUAGACAGAUUCAUUCAAAGGGGAACAAACACUCCGAAAGAGAUAAAUAUUCCUAAUCUGAUCGGCGAGUUGGUCAAUCAAUUGAAAGAAUUGGAGAUCCAGUGUGAAAAAGACCAAUCCCCAAGAACGGACAUUGAAGAAGCGGCAAAACAGAUAAGAACGAUUAUGGGAUUACAACAAAGAAUUCAGAAUUUGCAAGAUAUGAAUGAUAAAUCUGUUUCGACUGUUUGAAUAAUCUUGGACCUUCGUUGCUGAUGUAUGUUUUAUUUUAUACUUAAUAAAUUUUAUAUCUGAAAA